CUGGCCCGUAAGCCUGCGCUCGCGAGGCAUCAGUGUCGGACACGUAGUGGGAGCGCGCGGGUCCCGAUGCACAAGUGGCGGCGACCCUCUGCGGAGAUGAAGGCGGACUCCGACGGGCUCUGAGUUUCCACUGCCCUUUUCAUUCAGGAGCUCGGUUCGCCAAUGGUUAUCAAUAUGGCAGAGCCGUUAUCCCAGGCACCCACUGCUACAAAAAUGGCGUCACUGAACCGGGUCCGAGCUCUGGCGAUGAUUUUCUUAACUGUCACGGGCUGUUGUGUGGCCCCGACAAGUGGCAAGGAAGGGUCCGAGGAGACCGUCAUCAUCGGCCUGAGGCUGGAGGACACGGACGACAUUUCCUUCAUGGACAGGGGCUACCUGCGGGUGAGUGAGCGCUCCCGGUCGAAGCUGAGGGUCUACGGGCAGAACAUCAACAACGAGACCUGGUCCAAGAUCUCCUUCACGGAGCACGAGCGCAGCCGGAGCGUUGACAGCUCCUCGUGGGAGAACCAGAGCCAGGAGGACCCGUCCAGCGCGCAUCCCUGCGGCAUCAGGACUUCGGAUAUAAUCAUAUUGCCCCACAUCAUCCUGAGCCGAAAGACGUCGGGAAUAGUUGAAAUCGAGGUCAAACCUCUGCGGAAGACGGAGAGGAGUAAAUCGUACUACCUUUGCAUCGCCACCUCCACACCGGCCCCAGCCGGGAUGCACGACCCGUGGACGGAGACCACUUGGAUCUACCACGACGGGGAUGACACCAAAGUGAUCGUGGUGGAGGAGAAAAAGUUUCUGCUGCCCUUCUGGCUCCAGGUCAUCUUCAUCUCCAUGCUGCUCUGCCUGUCGGGCAUGUUCAGCGGGUUGAACCUGGGGCUCAUGGCCCUGGACCCCAUGGAGCUCCAGAUCGUCCAGAACUGCGGCACGGAGCGCGAGAAGAAUUACGCGAAGAAAAUCGAGCCGGUCCGCAGCCAAGGGAAUUACUUGCUUUGCUCGCUCCUGCUGGGGAACGUGCUGGUGAACACCACGCUGACCAUCCUGCUGGAUGACAUCGCCGGUUCGGGCUUGAUCGCGGUGGUCAUGUCCACCAUCGGGAUAGUGAUCUUUGGGGAGAUCGUGCCCCAGGCCAUCUGCUCCAGACACGGCCUCGCGGUCGGGGCCAACACCAUAUUCCUCACCAAGUUCUUCAUGCUGCUCACCUUCCCCGCCUCCUACCCGGUGAGCAAGCUGCUGGACUACCUGCUGGGACAGGAGAUCGGAACCGUGUACAACCGGGAGAAGCUCCUGGAGAUGCUGCGCGUCACGGACCCGUACAACGACCUGGUGAAGGAGGAGCUGAACAUCAUCCAGGGCGCGCUGGAGCUCAGGACUAAGACCGUGGAGGACGUGAUGACGCCGCUGAGAGAUUGCUUCAUGAUCCCGGGGGACGCCACCCUGGACUUCAACACCAUGUCCGAGAUCAUGAGGAGCGGCUACACGCGCAUCCCGGUGUUCGAGGGCGAGAGGUCCAACAUCGUGGAGCAGCUCUUCGUCAAGGACCUGGCCUUCGUGGACCCGGAUGAUUGCACGCCGCUCAAAACCAUCACUAAGUUUUACAGCCACUCGUUGCACUUUGUGUUCAAUGACACCAAGCUGGACGCGAUGCUGGAGGAGUUCAAAAAAGGAAAAUCCCACCUGGCCAUAGUUCAGAGGGUGAACAACGAAGGUGAGGGAGACCCUUUCUACGAGGUCCUGGGUAUCGUCACCCUUGAGGACGUUAUCGAAGAAAUCAUCAAGUCAGAGAUCCUGGACGAGACUGACUUGUACACUGACAACAAGACGAAGAAGAAAAUCACCCAUCGGGAAAGGAAGCAGGAUUUCUCGGCCUUCAAGCCGACCGACAAUGAAAUGAAGGUUAAAAUAUCACCUCAGCUUCUGCUGGCUACCCUGCGUUUCCUAGCAACAGAGGUGGAGCCAUUCGCACCGGUGCAGAUGUCAGAAAAGAUCCUGCUGCGCUUGUUGAAGCAUCCAAACGUCAUCCAGGAGCUGAAAUACGAUGAGAAGAACAAGCGGGCGGCAGAGCACUACCUCUUCCACAGGAACAAGCCCGUGGAUUAUUUCGUCCUCGUCCUGCAGGGGAAAGUGGAGGUGGAGGCAGGAAAAGAGGGGAUGAAGUUUGAAGCAGGACCGUUCUCCUUCUAUGGGAUGAUGGCUCUGACAGCGUCGCCAGUCCCUCUGUCCCUGUCUCGUACAUUUGUGGUCAGUAGAGCUGAAUCAUUAGCAGGAUCUCCAGAAAAUAAAUCUCCUCCACGGCCGUUUGGACUCAACCACUCGGACUCUCUGAACAGGAGCGAUCGCAUCGAAGCCAUCACCCCGACUCUGGGCAGCAGCAACAACCAGCUCAACUCCUUCCUGCAGAUCUACGUACCUGACUACUCAGUCAGAGCGCGCUCAGACCUGCAGUUUAUAAAGGUAACACGCCAACAGUACCAGAACGCCGUGAUGGCGUCGCGGAUGGACAAGACCCCCCAAUCCACAGACAACGAGUUCACUAAGAUCGAGCUCACGUUGACGGAGCUCCACGACGGCGUGGAGACCUCAGCCGUGGUCACCACCACAGCCAGCACAACAAGCACCACCCCCGCCGUGUCCAUAGCUGUGUCCAACGAGACGUCCCAUCUGCUCAACCCGCAGCAGAACUGUGUGGGCCUCAGCAGGAGCAACCACAGCGCCCACAACGAGGGACCCAUCUAGCCCCCGCCGAGCCUGGUGGAGACCCCAGACCCUCCACCCUGUCUCGUGGACACACACACACGGAGCGGUGGCUUAGAUGGAGAUGAGGGAAAGCGGGGGAGUGGAGGCAGGUGGAAAGAGGGUUCUGCUCCGACCAGUAGGCCCCAGUAAGUCAGUCAGUCUGUCAGUCAGUCAGUGAGACCCUUUCAUGGGAGGGGCAGUGGGGAAGAGGGGCGCUGCGUCGCCCUGAAUGCCCCCCCCCCACCACCUGAACGCUGUCAGGAUCCCUGCUGUACCACUCUCCUUCCAGAGGCUGCACUCGGACAGUUCCUGUGACUGAGCUUCUUUUCUGGGACAAUCAGACACUUUCAUAGCGGUGACUUGGACUAGAGGACGACAGAGUGCAUGCAAACCCCUCCCUUUAGCCUACACACACACACACACACACACACACACACACACACACACACACACACACACACACACACACACACACACACACACACACAAACUCUUUAUACUUUCUCCUCAGGCCAAAGACUUUGGUCCCCCCCCUUCUUACACUGGACACAGACUGUUUUUUGCACAUGUUUGAACAUGCUCACACUCCCACACACAUUCAGACACACACACUCACACAAAUACAGACACACACAUGCAACUCCAUCACCCGUGCAUCUUUUCAGGGAGGCUCAGUCAACUGUUGAUCCCAUCAGCAAGGACUCAAACCCAAACACGCAGAGAGCAACGGUUAGUCAAAGACUGCACCAAAAACCGCUUUGAAAGAAACCGUCGAAAAAAAACAUGAACCAAGAAUGUUUUCCUGUAUUUAUUUAUUUUAUAAUAUUGUAUGUAUAUAUGUACGCGUGGAGACACGAUGUGACAUAAACUGGCAUACGAACAUGCUCGAGCAUGUGCAGCGAGGCGCGUGUGGGGCACACGUGUCGUAUCAAAAAGGACAUGCUACAUAUAUGGAGAUGAACAUCCAUUCGUGUAAAUGAGGAGGUGAGGGUCUUUUACAGAUACAGUAUGUAUAUUACAGAUCUUGUUAUUUUUACUAUUAUCCUAAAUCAGGCUUAUGGUACACUAUCUUUUUCACCUUAAAAAAAUCACACUAUUGCCUUUAAGAGAAAUCAUAUAAUUAAUUAUUUUAACAAGUGCAAUGAACAGCAAUUUAUUUAAGAGAUGAUUAUGAAUGAAAAAAAUCAGUGUAUUAUAAAUUGACAGAUAUAUUUGUAUGUAUGUACUGUAUGUAUAUGUAUAUUUGUUUUUGAAAAAUGCUAAACUGCAGCCAUCCACAAGCAAAACUGUCUUUAGUCAGUUUCUGUUCUCACUUCGUCUCCAUGUUUUUGCAUCGUUUGACCUCAAACACGUCUGCUGUAGUUUUACGUUCAUAUGGGAGCUAUGACGCCUGGACCUGUCACCACAGUGUAGCUCAAUGGGUAGUUGGGUGGGAGAGGGGCGGAGUGAACUGGAUGGCGGGGGUUUGUUAAAGUGCCGACACAGCAUCUAUGCAUGUAGAGGUUAUGUGUCUUAUCUUUUUUUUUUUUUUCUUUUUUUUUUGCCAAUUUUAUUCAUAAUCGAACUUGUUAAUUGCACAGUAUUAAUGACCUCAUCUAACAUGUUGAGCAUCAUCAACGUCACAAAAAGCAACCUCGACAUUAAACGUGUCCAUGAAUGAUACGCAGCGAUGCUUUGCCACUCUU